CCACCACCCUAUUCUCCUCCCUCCUAUCUAACAAUUUUUAUAACAAAAAAAAGGCAUGCGUCCCUGUUAUAACAAUUUUUUUCAUUUGAAAUUUUUAGCCAUUUUCAUCUCCGAUUUCGUCGUUUCAGCGAGACUCCUAGGCGCGUUUUUUAGAAGUUGAAAUCCCCUUGAGUGAUAAAUUUCUCUCUCUCCAAAACAAAAUUGAUUUUGAUCGACUGUGAUUUCUAGGGUUUUUAUUCAACCAUUUUGGAAAAUUUCCAUCCUCGUCUUCUUUUUGAGAUCACCUAACAUGGGAGCUACAACCGAUUGGAGAACACAAGUUCAACCUGAUUCUCGACACAGAAUUGUCACUAAGAUAUUGGAAACUCUGGAGAGACAAUUUUCAAUUUCUGGGCCAGAGGGAUGGGUAGAGAUUAAGAAAAUUGCUGUAAGAUUUGAGGAAGAUAUGUUCACUGCUGCCACAAGUCAGGUGGAUUAUCUACGAAAAAUAUCUUUGAAGAUGCUGACACUGGAGACAAAAUCUCAGACAAAUGGAGUUCCUAAUUUGUUACCCUUAAAUUCUGGUGGUGGUAGCCAAAAUCCACAGCAAACUGGUUCUCAAGAACAGCAGUCUCAAAGUUCGCAGCAGUUUUUGUAUCAGCAACAACACCUUUUAAAGCAGAAGCAGCAGCAGCAACAGGGAAACAAUCUGUCCUCCAUUAUGCAGUCACACAUGCAGCAACAACAACCAAAACCACAACAGCAAAAACCAAUACAGUCAACUCAAUUGCAGUAUACUCAACAGCCUCAAUUGCACCAACAAGCUCCUGUUCUGCAUCAGCAACAGCAUACAGUUUUGCCUUCAAGGCAGCAAAUGAAUGUCCCAAACUUGCAACCGAAUCAGUUAAUUGGGCAACAAAACAAUGUAUCCGAUAUGCAGCAGCAGAAGCAGCAAGAGUUACUAAACCUACAGAAUGAUAUCGCAAAUAUGCAACAACAUUUACUUGGAAAUAAUAUCCCUCAUCAGCAGCAGCUAGGUCAACAAAGUAACAUGUCAGGGUUACAGAAGCAGCACCAGCAGCCAAUGCAUACCAUGCAUCAGCAAAGGGGAAAGGUGCAGCAACAACAAAACGCACAGGUAUCAACAAAUAUGUUACAAAUCCUAGGGCAACGUGCACAAUGUCAACCAGCACAGCAACAACUUGUGCCUCAGCUUUUAUCUCAAACAAUGCAGAUGCAUCAGCAACUGGAAUGGCAGCAACAACCAAAUUCAUUAGAAAAGGAUAUGCAACAAAAGGUGGUUCAGACAUCUGGUGGCUCGAUGCUCAACCAUCCAAAUCUAGUGGACCAGAAGCAAGUGUUGCAUUCACAAAUGCCACCUCCAGAGGCCUCAUCAACAUUACUAGAUGCAGCAAUAAUAGGAAAUGUGGUCGACGUGCAGGAGGAAGUUUAUCAGAAAAUUGAGUGCAUGAGAGAAAAAUACUUACCAGAUCUUAAUGACAUGCACCGGAAGAUCUCUAAAAUAUGCCAACAGCAUGAUUCUCUUCCACACCCGCCAAAAUCUGAACAAAUUGAGAGGCUCCGAAUUUUCAAGAACAUUUUGGGCAAGAUGAUGGGUUUCUUGAAUCUUCCAAAAAGUAGUGUGAUACCUAGUUUGAAGGAUAAGCUGGCUUCGUACGAGGAACAGUUGUUGAAUAUUAUGACCUUGAAUCGCGCAUGGAAAGCUGGUCCACUGCAGCAGCAAAUUCAGCCAACUGGUUGCCAUCAACUGCCCUCAUCAAUUCUUUCUUCUUUUUUCUGGAAGACUGCUAGUCUAAUGAGUUGUCAUUUCCUGUUUUUCAAAAACAGGAAAUGUGGUCGAUGUUCAGGAGGAAGUUUAUCAGAUCAAGUCCAUGAGAGAAAAAUACUUACCGGAUCUUAUUGACUUUCACCAGAAGAUUUCUCGAAAAUGCCAACAGCAUGAUUCCCUUCCACACCCACCAAAGUCUGAACAAAUUGAGAGGCUCAAGAUUUUCAAGAACAUGUUGGACAAGAUGGUGGCUUUCUUGAAUCUUCCAAAAAGUAGUGCGAUUCCUAGUUUGAAGGUAAGCUGGAGGCAGUAGAGAAACACAUCUUGAACAUCCUGAACUCGAAUCGCCCAAGGAAACCUGCUGAUUAGUGCGUCAUUUGCUCUUUUACUUUGUUUGGUUCUGUAACAGUAACUAAUAAUACAAACCGGUACAUUCUACCUAAAAAAAGUAUGUAUGAUGUUUCAAGAGUCGAGUGCUUGGCUGAGUGUGGCCUAUAACCUUAUCUUUUCACAUGGUCCACAAAAAAUCUAAAACAAAUGACAAGUGGGGUAUUCCCUGGCUGGUGUUAGAACUCUCAGAUUUUCAUAAGCUUGUAUAUGAGAGAGUGCCAACUCUUUAGUAAUUGAGCAGAGCCAUGAACUUUCUUAGCCAA